AGGUUAGGCAUUCAUGGUACACAAACAAUCGAUUUGAUUACAAAAUGUCCUAGGUACUGCGUUUAUGUGCGCGCGUCUGCAUGUGUAUGUGUAUGUGUUUUUCUUCAAAUAAAAGUGGGAUAGAAUCUUCUAAGAUCGUUGUCGGCCUUCAAAAUAUUAGCUAAUUUAUGUUUCCGCGGUUGUUUAAUUAUCACAUUUUAUUAUUUACGCUAUGUAAUGUAAUAGUUUAGUAAAUGAUACUGUGGCAAAUUAGCUUAAUACAAUAUUGAAUACUGAGUGACAUAAAUAACAAUCAAAAUGGCAGAUAACAAGAGUAACAGCAACAGCCAACAACAACCAAUUGUUAAAAUAGGACAUUAUAUCCUUGGACAAACACUUGGUGUAGGUACAUUUGGCAAGGUAAAAAUCGGUGAACACCAAUUAACUAAACAUAAAGUAGCUGUGAAAAUCCUUAAUCGGCAAAAAAUUAAAAGUUUAGAUGUAGUAGGUAAAAUUAGACGAGAAAUUCAGAACCUAAAACUUUUCCGUCAUCCUCAUAUUAUUAAACUAUACCAAGUUAUUAGUACUCCAACAGAUAUAUUUAUGAUCAUGGAAUAUGUGUCUGGAGGAGAAUUAUUUGAUUAUAUCGUAAAACAUGGUAAACUUAAAGAAUUUGAAGCCCGACGGUUCUUCCAACAAAUUAUAUCUGGUGUAGACUACUGUCAUAGACACAUGAUUGUACAUAGAGAUUUAAAACCCGAAAAUUUAUUAUUAGAUCAUAACUUGCAUGUAAAAAUUGCUGAUUUUGGUUUAUCUAACAUGAUGAUGGAUGGAGAAUUUUUAAGAACAAGUUGCGGAUCGCCUAAUUAUGCUGCCCCAGAAGUAAUUUCUGGAAAAUUAUAUGCUGGACCUGAAGUUGACAUAUGGUCGUGUGGUGUUAUAUUAUACGCGUUAUUAUGUGGUUCAUUGCCUUUUGAUGAUGAACAUGUACCAACAUUAUUUAGAAAAAUUAAAUCUGGUAUUUUUCCAAUACCAGAUUAUUUAAAUAAAUCUGUUGUUAGUUUAUUAUGUCAUAUGCUGCAAGUAGAUCCAAUGAAAAGAGCAUCUAUAGAAGACAUUAAGAAGCAUGAAUGGUUUCAACAUGAACUACCUGCAUAUUUGUUUCCUUCUCCAGUUGAUAGAGAUUCUUCAGUUAUUGACACUGAUGCUGUUAAUGAGGUUUGUGAAAAAUUUAGUGUUAAAGAAAGUGAAGUUCAUAAUGCUUUGUUAAGUGGUGAUCCACAUGACCAAUUAGGAAUUGCAUAUCAUUUGAUAAUUGAUAAUAAACGUAUUGCUGAUGAAGCUGCCAAAGCUGAGUUAAAAGACUUUUAUAUUGCUAGCAGUCCUCCGCCAACCAUUGGAAGUCCAGAUGUAUCAUCUGUAGCUCCUACUGUUAAGACACAUCCUGAACGAUUUAUGUCUCAGAGGGAACGAGCUCUAUCUAUUGAUCAAACUGUACGUGGAUCACCAAUGAAAAGAGCUAAAUGGCACUUGGGCAUAAGGUCUCAAAGUAGACCAACAGAUAUAAUGAAUGAAGUCUACAGAGCCAUGAAAGCAUUAAAUUUUCAAUGGAAAGUUAUUAAUGCUUAUCACAUUCAAGUAAGACAUAUGAACUCUAAAACGGACAAUUACACAAUGAUCUCACUUCAGUUAUAUCAAGUUGAUUACAAAAGUUAUUUGCUGGAUUUCAAGAGUUUGACUAAUGAUCAAAUGGAAAAUGGCAACUUAUCUACAUCUGGCUUAGAACUCGAUAACCAAUCACCUCGCCAAGAAGUCAUACAGCCACAAAAGAAAUGUGUUGGACAUCACACUAUGGAGUUUUUUGAAAUGUGUGCUGCACUUAUUACUCAACUUGCCCAUUAGUGAAUAAUAAGUUUAAAUAUUAUUUAUUGAUUAUAGACUAAUUAUGAGGUAUUUAUUUAAGGUAUUAUUAAUUUUUGGAUUGAUAUUUCAUUUAAUCUAUUUUUUAAGUUAUUUUAAAACAUUAUUGUUAUAUAAGUUAUAUUUUAAGUUGUGUAAAGAUAGGUUAUAAAAAAAAAAUUUAAUUCUUAAGUGCAUAGAAUGAUUUUGUAUAUUUUUCAUAUUCUGCAUCAAUUUAGAUAACACAAUCAUUCAAA